AUGGGGAGAGCCAAGAGGGGGGAGCUUUUGGCAUCGCUGGGACUGCCAGCAGCCUGGGCAGGGCCCUUUGCAAUAAACCGCAACUUCCACGCCCUGGCUGCAGAGAUCUCUCGUUUCCAUCCGUCCCGACCGUCCUACCCCUCAACACUCCUACAAAUGUGCUCAUCCCUUGUUUUCCCCAAACCAGAAUUUCCCAUUGCCAACCCCUGGGAUGCUGCGAGGAAGAGGGAGAUGCCCCGGGACACUGAGGCAGAGCAGGAGCUGAGCAUGGAGAGCAGGGAGGACAAACGCCUGUGGCAGAACCUGGUGGAAGAGGCCGUUUUGAGCAGCUCCACGGCGCAGGAAGGCAACGGGGAGGAAAAGCCCUGGAGAUGCCGCACGAGGAGGGGCUGCAAACGCAGCUGGCGGGGAUCUGAGGGGGAAAGAGCCAGCCUGGGCCGGGAAGGCGGCCGGAGAUGGAGCCAGAGCUCGGAGCUGGUACUCCAUGAGCAGCUCCAUGAUGGGAAGAAGCCCCAUACGUGCGUGGAGUGUGGAAAGAACUUCAGGUGGAACUGCGACCUGAUUGUGCACCAGAGGACCCACACUGGGGAGAAGCCCUAUGAGUGUGGGGAGUGUGGGAAGAGCUUCAGCCAGCGCUCCCACCUGAUCUCGCACCAGAGGACCCACACUGGGGAGAGGCCCUACAAGUGUUCCAAGUGUGGGAAGGGGUUUCAGACCAGCUCCCAUCUCGUCCGGCACUAUCAGAGUCACACAGAGGAGAGGCCCUUCCAAUGCCCCGACUGUGGGAAGGGAUUCAGGUGGAACUCCACCCUCGUCAGGCACAGGCACAUCCACACUGGGGAGAAGCCCUACGAGUGUGAUAAAUGCAGGAAGAGGUUUCAGACCAGCUCCCAUCUCCUCCAGCACUAUCGCAUUCACACAGAGGAGAGGCCCUUCCGCUGCCCCGAGUGCGGGAAGGGAUUCAAGCACAACUCCACCCUCGUCAAGCACCGGCGCAUCCACACUGGGGAGAGGCCCUACGAGUGUCCCCAGUGUGGGAAGAGCUUCUCCAGCAGCUCUGACUUGACCCGACACCAACGGAGGCACCGGUAAGGGAAGCCCUGCAAGUGCCCUGAGUGCGGGAAGAGCUUCGUGCGCUGCUCCAGCUCCAUCCCCCACUGGAGAAGGCACUCUGGGCAAAGCCCUGGUCACUCCCAUUCCUUGUGAUCCAUGUUGGUAACACACCUGGCAGCUUUUACUUUUGUUUUGGCCCUAAUGUUUCUAGCUUCUCUAUCUCUUUGCACUUGAAAAGUCAAGAGAGAUGGAUCUGUCACCUGAAAACCACUGAAAUCCCAGUGAAAACAACUCGAUCUUACCCAAAAGGGCUCAAUCCCACCUCAAAAAAACUCAGUGCCGUACCAAACUCACUUGAUUCCUCAGCCACCUAAGUAAGAUGGGGCUGGGAGGAGAUUGGGAGAAGUGGGAUCUCAGUUAGAGCGGUGGGAUGAGGAUUGUGUGGAGCUGGGUGUGUGGGAUGCAUUUGAUAGCAAAUAAAAUUUUCAGACUUACUGAUUUCUCUCCCGUU